CUGGCAUUGGCAAGGUGACAGAGCGCAUGCUCAAUGGGCUGGGCAUUGUGACUUGCGAGGACAUGUUUGCGCACCGGUACGACCUGUUUCAGCUCUUCUCCCCCAUUUCGUUUGAUUUCUUCCUGCGCGUGUCACUCGGUGCUGGGUCUAGUCGGUACGAAGAGGCUGUCAAAGCCGAUGCAGUCGCCACCCCGACGGCAGCGUUUGGCUUUGGCUUUGCCGUUCCAGACAAUGAUCGCAAGAGCAUUUCGGUCGAGCGCACCUUUCGCGAGAUCAACACGCCCACCGCCCUGUUGGCCAAGUGCGAAGAGCUGUGCCAUAAGCUGGCGGCUGAUGUGAACUCGUGCAAGCUUCGCGGCCGAACCGUCACCGUCAAGCUAAAAAUGGUGGAUUUUCGCAUGUUUACCCGCGCAGCCUCCUCACAGCGGUACAUUUCCUCUGCCUCAGAGAUGUUUGAAUUGGCCUCAAAGAUUCUGCAGGACGAAAUCCAGCAGAGCGAGCGCGCAGGCGGGCCGCUGCGACUCCGCUUGAUGGGGGUGCGGUUGUCUGCGCUCGUUACCGAGCCUCCUCCUCCUUCUUCUUCUUCCUCUAUCAGCAACACGAUUGGUUCCACCCCGGGCGCUGGCGAGGGCGAGCUACUGGACAGCACGCCAAGCACUGCCCACGCCAAGGCCAGCGGCAUUGAGCGGUUUUUCGCUUUGAGCUCGAGGCAUCUGACUUCCGAGAUUGAAGCGCGCAAUGCCAGUAAAGAUCGUAAGGCAGCAGCGCGGCAAAGGCAAAGGGUGUGUUCCAACGAUGCCAUUGAAAUUUCGGACGAUAGUGAUGCCGAGGACGGCGAUAACGACGAGGAUGACUGGGCUGCGGUUGCGGCCGACUCGGCGUCUCUGGACAACGCAUCACACCCAAACGGCCAGCAAGUCGGGACAGCCGCCUCCUCAAGAGGGGCACUUCCAAGUCUUGGAAGCGCACCUGUGAGCAACGGUCGCAUCCACACGGCAACAACAAUGUACCAAGCGAUGAAGCAUCGCUUAACAGAGCAGACUGCAGCGGCUUUCAAGCGCCCUCGGCUGGAUCCGAGUGCCGCCGACUCUUCAUCCACUGCAGCUAAUACUCCCAGCCAACCAUCGCACGUUUGUCCGAUCUGUCAAAGGCCACAAGUCUGCCAGAACCUGGUUGAGUUUACUGAUCAUGUCGAUGAGUGCCUCACGAAGCAGACCAUCAAGCGAAUUUUACAGCAUGAUGAUCAACAGCAGCAGCAGCAGCAGCUUGGAAGAACUGGCGUCACAUCUGGGACAACAAAGAGACAAGCACCACAAUCGAGUACAUCUACUACAUUGGAGCGAAUGAUUCAGCGGCAAAACAAGAUACGCUGAGCAAUCUUGUAGAGGCUUGACCGACGCGACGACAGUUUCAGCGUUCGCCAAGCGUCGGAAUGUCAUGUUUUCGGAUCAGAACGCACUAGUUGGCGGCAUGUGCACUGCUGCAGCAGAAGGCCGUUUUCAUGCCCGCGAUAAUCGUGGAACGGCCAUCGUGAGGAGGACUUGGCUGUGAUCCAGAGUGAUGAUCGACAUUGGGAGUUGUGCAGCUUGUGGAAUCCCAAACGAAUCCAAACUCAUAAAAGAGGUUCUUUUUGCGACUCAA